AUGGAAACUAUCUACCCUGCACAGCACUUGUCUGUACAGCAGCUGAAGUCUGACCCUCAAAAUGGAUAUAGUAACUACCUCCACAUCAAGGUCCCCUCUUACCCCCGACCUGAGCUUCACGUGGCCCAUUUGAGCCACUGCACGGACCAGACGGGGAUCUUCGGUAUCCUGAAUGAUUCUGGCUUCAGGAGCCCAGGGUACAGGGGAAAGAGAGUGGUGUGGUUCAGCCUGACCGUGAGCAGAGCUGAGCUGAAGGAAGCAGAGGACAGACCCAUGACCAUCGUCCACUCAGAUGGCACAGAGGAGCAGUACCACCCACCCACCAGCAGAGGGACAACAGAGGGUCAGGGAGACUAUGGGAGUGGAGUCCUGAAGACCUUUGCCACUUCUCCUGCCUUCAGCUCCAGCUCCAGACUGGGCUCAUUCUGCUUCACGUUCCCCCUGCAGGACGUCCUGGACAAGUACAGCCAACAGUUUUGUGGGGGUCAGAAGCCGGUGAUGCGAGUGUGGAACACCGUCCUGUACAAACAGAAAGUGAUGUACGCAGUUCUCGUGCACAGUCCCAGUCCGACCGAUCAGGAGGAGUUCUGCAAGUUUCCCGAGCUGAAGGAGGAACCAGGCUCCAUCUGCGCCUUCAGAGAGGAACCCCGGCCACACUUCCUCUGGAGACCACAAGCCAUGAGCGAGACACACGACUUUGAGCUCGUGGUGAAUCGGAAGCAGAACUCUCUGUCGGUGGAGCCCUGUUCUUGGUACGACGAGAAUGGGAAAUACAGACUCAGAUACUUCGUGUGGGAUGAGGUGGCUCUGGCUCUUCACGUCAGAGAGAAGGUGCUGAGGUUUGAGGAGCCGGAGCUGAAGGGGGCCCUCAGCUUCUGUGAGAUGGGGGCCCCUCCCAGACCCAUCGCUGGGUUCCAGUCGUUUGAAGAAGCCCAAAGAGAAGUGCCCUGGCCUCUGCAGCGCUUUUCUGAAUCAGACUUCGCCAUCAACCCUUAA